AUGGCCUCAUUUUCGGACAUACCCAGAGAGGUCAUUGACCAGAUCUUGAAACACUUACCAAGAUCUAGCCUCGCCAUUGUUUGCCUCGCAAGUAAAUCACUGAGACGUUGUGCUGAGCCUUUUCUCUACUCGACUGUUACGUUCGCAUGGAAUUUCCAGGACUCUCUUCUGAUCGCUCCUCUUCUCGCGACCCUCGUACGCAGACCAGAACUUUUCAAACACUUGGAUGUCGUAAUUUUAGAAGGCAUGUUGGAGGUGAUGGAUGACGUACUCCCCAUGGUCACAUACAAUGUCCCAUUCGACGAGUUUGAGGCUGCCAUUAGAAAAACCAAAACAUCAUUUUCCGACAUGUGGGUUGAGAAGUUAAGAUCAGCUGAUACAUGCAUCUACGCGCUUGCCGCUCUCUUGAUUGCACAUCUUUCUCGAACAACUCAUCUCACGAUCACAACACCUUGGAUAAAUGGGCAACCGUUGGUUGGCAAGGUUAUUCAAGCCAAAAUCUUGUCUGGCCAGCUCCCUCAAUUUGAGCGGCUUAAACAAUUAAAAUACCUUAAGGUACGCGGCCGCAUGGGUAAAUAUAACAGAAUAUUUGGAGAAACUAUCAGUCUCUUCUACCUGCCGACAGUUACACACUUGGAAGUUAUAAUGACAAAUCCGAAAAUUUUCCAGUGGCCUGUACCUACAGGCGAGCCCAACCUCAGCCACCUGAAAUCGCUUAAGAUCGGAUGGCUAUGUGAACCAUUUUUGGCCAAGAUACUGGCUGCUGCCCGGAACUUGGAAUACCUUGAAUGGAGCUGGGAACAUCACAGCCCACCGAACUCUUCGGAUCCUAAUAUUAUGGACUUUGAUAAGAUCACUGAAACGCUCCAGCCUCUGAAAGAUACUCUCAAGUCAUUUGCGUAUACAAUGAAUCUUGGGGUAGAAGGCGACCUACUGGACCACCUGCCGAUGCCUGUCCAGGGAAAUUUCCGCCAUCUUCGCAACUUUACAAGGCUUACUCACUUGGAGGUACCGCUCACACCACGCUCGGAAACCGACUCCACGCUUCUCGCUUUAGCAGACUUUGUUCCCGACAGCGUUGAGGUUCUUACUCUCUCUUCCGCUGCCUUAAAUGAGGAAUGGGGGGGCCCUGGCGCUUGGGCUGAUGACGACGAUUUCAAAUUAGACGAUGUUCUUCCUCUUCUAGAAGCUGCGGCUGAUGGUCGCCCUGCAAGAUUAACACGACUGCGGAGUGUUGUUCUCUUGGACGAUGAAACUGGAGUUGGCCGUCACGGAAUCGGUGAUCUCCGUCGCCAAAUCGGCGAUAGAAUAAAAAAGCUUGAUCUCGGCUUUGAAGUCCGCUUCAAGGCGAUUUAG